UCGAUUCUGACUAGAUUUUGUUCUGCUGUUAAAGCUCCAACAUGGCGGUGAAUCAGCGGUAGAAGUGUCGAUGUAAACUACUUUAAGUGAAGGAAAUUUCGCGCAACAGGCCCUAAAUUACCCCUUAUUAAAAUAAUUUUAACACUUUAUUUCGGAUGAAUGCGCGGACCAAAUCCCGUCCCAAUGUUGAAACAGUUGCAAAUGGGACUUCGCGCCUUUCUCGUGUUGGCUUCCAAGAUAUGGACUUUCAUUUGUUUUGUUUUUCGCAAAAAUACUAGAGCGGUUAUACAGCAUCAGACUGUCAAGUAUGAGGUAUCACCGCUGUCACCUCUAUCAAAGCAUAGACUAAGUAUGGUAAGGAGGAAAAUCCUUGUACUGGACUUGGAUGAAACUCUGAUUCACUCCCACCAUGAUGGUGUUGUUAGGCAAACAGUGAAACCUGGCACGCCACCUGAUUUUGUGUUGAAAGUCACAAUUGACAGGCAUCCUGUUCGUUUUUUUGUCCACAAGCGUCCUCAUGUUGACUUUUUCCUAGAUGUGGUUUCACAAUGGUACACACUAGUGAUUUUUACUGCUAGCAUGGAAAUUUACGGUGCAGCCGUAGCAGAUAAGUUGGACAACCAGAGAGGUAUGCUGCAGCGGCGUUAUUAUCGACAGCACUGCACCAUGGACUACGGCAGUUAUACCAAGAACCUAGAAAUGAUCUCGAUGGACUUGUCGUCCAUAUUUAUAUUGGAUAAUUCACCUUCGGCCUAUCGGUCAUAUCCCGACAAUGCCAUACCCAUCAAAUCCUGGUUCUCCGAUCCAAUGGACACUGCCCUGCUCAACCUGCUACCGGUACUAGACGCUUUGCGAUUCACGCAGGACGUUCGAAGUGUUCUCGGCAGGAACUUGCACUCGCAUCGACUCUGGUAGUUUUGCUGACUUGUGAUUUUCAUCCGGCACAUACCAGCUCCCUCACUUCUGCCCACCUCCCUUAUCACCUCUGCAGCCAAGUCUCAUUCCCUUGCGUUUAUUCACUUUUGAUCAGUUUCCAGUCGAUCAACAACUCUUAACUGCACACUACUGAGGAGCCCUUAUUUGACCGAUAGGUAUCACUACAAACGGUCCUCAGAUGGCCUCAGUUUUCUCGUUGCGUAAUCGACCGGCCUUGUCUUUAACAGACACAACAAUUGAUAUGACGCGUGUGCGAUUGGAUGGAUUUGAUGUGGAGUGUAGUGUGCUGAGAGACUAACGACAAUUUUUUUUCUUCUUCUUACAAAACGUGUUGUUCAUGAUUGGUUGACCCUUCUAUUCUCUUCUUACACUUUCCUCUUCCAGUUGACAGAUUUAUUGUUGAAAGCAAUAUGGCUAACCAGGUGGAAUCAACAAUCUUUAAUUGUGUACAGUGAAUACUCUUCCUCUGUCUCUUUCUUUUGAUUAUCUUAUCCAUUUCGGAAGUGUGUGAAUACAUCAUCCCUUUCUCCCCAUUGUAUCGCUCACCCUACCAAACAAAAGAAAACGAAAAAAAACAAGACUUCUUUUCCCAUUUUUUAUCUUAAUGCCCCGAACCCGACGAAAUAAGUAAAAGUCAAUACAUGGACUAGUUGAUA